AGUGGAAAUUUGAGGUGAAAAUCACCAACCAGGAAUUUAUAUCAACACUUGCAAUUCCUUGGAAGACGAGUGUCACCGCUAAGUGACAGUUUGUGGCAGUUCAUCAGGCUGCAGAGCAUGAACAUGGGUGGUUUGGACACCUUCCUAGCAUGAUAUAUAGUACCUUCAUUGAUUUGGAAAUGAAAGACAUGUAAGUAGGGUCAGGUAAGUCUUCCGGGAACACGUAGAAGGGCAAAUAAAACCUUUGAGAGUUCUACAUGGCAAUAGCUGUAUUACAGGGUAUGAUAGUUCUUCAGUGCUAUCCGGCCUAGGUGCACAGCACAGUUGUAUCCUGACCCCACACCAGGAUGCAACGUGGAUUCAAGCCACCUCUUUGGCUUUCCCCUGGAAGAAGACCCAGUGUGCCACUAGAAGGGAGUAAUGAGCAUGCUCUGCCCAGAUCUCCAACAGAGCCCCAGCAUGCAUUCUGGCAUUGAAUGAGUUUCUCAGUGCUUGGAAGGGCUGAAAUACAGAAGUUCCAAUGCAAAUACUUGAUUAACAUUGAAUUAAAGUUGCCAGCACCCAUUUCCCACUGACCACAAAGGAAUAAGCAGCAAAGACCCAUUCUGUCAGCUACUGGUGGUUAUUUUUCAGACUCAACUAUUGCCUUAUUCACCCAGAAGCCCUGCAUGUUGCUUCCCUGAGCAAUCUCUGUUCUGCCUAGGCUACCAGCAUAAAUAUUUAUAUUGUUACAGUUCCAGUAUUGCAGAUUUUGUUCCAACAAGCUACUGCCACGACUACAAGCUUUGAACAAUUACUAACAUAAACCAGCUGCUUGCAUAAGUCUUGCUUAAUGUUACAGAAGGCUCUCAUGUUUUCAGUUGUGUUAUUUACAUCCAUUUGAAAAAGGCAGCAGAGUUACAGAAGUCAGGAAGCUAUAUCCCUGCCAUGCUGGUCCUGAAACCAGCCCGGGUUUAAGCCGUACCGCCUGUCUGCGCCGGGAAAACCGCAGCCUCGAGUCGGGGCGGGGCGUGGGAACACAGCCCAUCCGAUCUCAUCCCGUCCGUGACGCAGGAGCAGCAGCAGGUCAUCAUCUUCCUCUGCAAGCCGUUGUGGCUCGGUUUCUGAGAGAAAGCGUCUGAACUCCUUUUCUGUGAAGCCGAACUUUGUACCCUGGUCUCCUCCUGGGAGACGUGCCCUUCCUACCUCGCUGGAGAGCUACAGCCCCAUUCAGGGUGAAACUUUACAGAUGUGUCCUCAGAUACAUGGAUUUUUUUUCCCUCUGGAAAAUUUGGGCAGAAAUAACUGCAGCUGAAUUCCGUCCUGAGUGGCAAAACUCCACAGGACAAUUGCAAGCUCAAGAUGUGGACAAAAUGGCUGGGAAAAAGGAGAAAUUUAGCUGUUUAUCAUGGCAGAAUGUGGGAAACAUGACAGCAAAAACAUUGUUUUCAUGUAAUAUCACAACAGCAUUUCUGUCUUUAAUUAUUGCAGAGAAUUGUGAGGCCUAUGAUGUGAUGCUGAGGCACAGUCUUGUGCCUGACGGCCAACCUCUUGCUAUUAAAUGUUCACUGGAAAAUAACUUGAAAAGUGGAGACUACAACAUAACAUGGUAUAAAGUUGGUAACGAGACAGCUGUGCCUAGAGACAAUCUGUCUAGAAUCCAUCAGCAGAAGAAUUUAAUUUGGUUUCUCCCUGCAACGUUAGAAGAUUCUGGAGAUUAUGAAUGUGUCAUAAGGAAUUUGACAAGCUACAAGAAAAUGUGUACAAAAGUAACAGUUUUUGAGAGGGUUGAUGGUGUAUGCUUAAAUGAAAGAUUUGCUGUAGAGGAGGUGAUAUUCACAUUGUCAUCUGCAAAGGUUGUAUGUCCACACUUGGAUUAUUUCAGAAAUCAGAAGAGUAUUCAGCCUGUUCGGUGGUAUAAGGACUGCCAGCUGGUGGAAGGGAAAAGGUUCACCUUCUUAAACAGUGAUCUUAUAAUUUUCAAUGUGACUGUACGUGAUCGAGGAAACUAUACAUGUGAAACAACAUAUACCUAUAAUGGAAAACAAUACAACAUUUCAAGAGACAUCAUUUUGACUGUAGAAGUGAGCCCACCAAAAAAACCCCCUGAAAUAUCUUAUCCAAGAAACAACUCCAUUGAAGUGGAGCUUGGCUCACAGGUUACAGUGGAUUGCAAUACAACAGGUGCUGAUGGGUUUGAGGUCUUUUGGACAAGCAACGGUGUGUAUAUUGAUGUAUUUUAUGUGGGCAGAAUUUUUGCAAGUCCCUAUGAAGAGGAACCUUCUUAUGAUGGACGCCCUGUGCAUUCUGUGAAGCUAAUAAUUUCAGAAGUGAAUAGUGAAGAUUAUGAACAACCGUUUGUCUGUCAAGCUUCAAACGCCUUUGGGCAGGUUGCAUCCUACAUUAUAUUAAAGCGCAGAGUUCCUGAUAUAAAAAGAAGGCUGACUGGAGGGCUUCUCUCUUUGUUAAUUUUAACACUUAUUGCUUUAAUAAUCUACAAGAUUUUCAAGAUUGACUUGGUGCUUUGGUACCGUAAUUCUGUCUGUGCCUUUGCAAGCAACGAAGAUGGGAAAAUCUAUGAUGCGUAUGUCCUGUACACAAAAAGCAGCGGAAACAGAAGUUUCUAUCGUUUGGAAACCUUUGUUCAUAGAAUACUCCCUGAUGUUUUAGAACAACAAUGUGGAUAUAAUCUCUUUAUAUUAGGAAGGGAUGAUUUACCAGGAGAAGCUGUGGUCAGUGUUGCUGAUGAAACCCUUCAGCAAAGCAGAAGACUGAUGAUUAUUUUGGGAUCAAUAACAUCUAGUUGCAGCCCAUUAGAAGACACUUCUGAAGAGCAGCUAACUAUGUAUAAUGCUCUCAUCCGUGAUGGGAUCAAAGUGAUUCUUAUAGAAAUGGAUGAAGUACAGGACUACACCAGCAUGCCAGAAUCAAUCAGAUAUAUUAAGCAAAAACAUGGGACUAUCCAAUGGAAAGGAGACUUCUCAGAUAGAUCUUGUUCAGCAAAUACAAGAUUCUGGAAAAAAGUACGCUAUCAAAUGCCAUCCAGGAAAAAAGUAUCUUAUUCUGAAGGGUAUUUGUUGCCCUUAACUUUGAAGAAUUCUGCAGCAAAGGGAAGUUAAG